GUGGGCUAGACUCUCGGAGAACUUGCUUCAGACAAAAAUGGCAGGUGCUGGGAGAAGAGAGGCUGGUGGCCCGAGAGGGGUCAGGGCUGGUGGAGGCUAGCAGGACCCCUCCCUUCCUCUCUCAGUUCCUUUUCGAUGGGUUGCUGGGUUACCAUGGCAACGCAGGGGUGGGGCAGAGGCGCUGGAAGUCAGGGCCACUCUUGGAAAGAGAAACGAGGACGGGGAGGAGCCCCAGAGUUGCUGCUGGGGGACUUCAGGACCCCGCCACCCUCCAUGGCUCCCCUGGCCUUGGUGGGAUUUGCGCUCCUCCUGGGGGCUCCCCCCUGCUCGGGGGCAGCUACCCCGACCCCCUCUCUGCCACCUUCCCCCACCAAUGACAGCGAUACCAGCACGGAGGUCUGCCAGGGUUCCAACCGCUGCCAGCCCGGGGUCCUGCUGCCCGUCUGGGAGCCCGAUGACCCAUCGCUGGGCGACAAGGCCGCACGGGCCGUGGUCUACUUUGUGGCCAUGGUCUACAUGUUCCUGGGCGUGUCCAUCAUCGCCGACCGCUUCAUGGCCUCCAUCGAGGUCAUCACGUCGAAGGAGAAGGAGAUCACCAUCACCAAGGCCAACGGCGAGACCAGCGUGGGCACCGUCCGCAUCUGGAACGAGACCGUGUCCAACCUCACGCUCAUGGCCCUGGGCUCCUCUGCGCCCGAGAUCCUGCUGUCGGUCAUCGAGGUCUGCGGCCACAACUUCCAGGCGGGCGAGCUGGGCCCGGGCACCAUCGUGGGCAGCGCGGCCUUCAACAUGUUUGUGGUCAUCGCCGUGUGCGUGUACGUCAUCCCGGCCGGCGAGAGCCGCAAGAUCAAGCACCUGAGGGUCUUCUUUGUCACGGCCUCUUGGAGUAUCUUCGCCUACGUCUGGCUGUACCUCAUCCUGGCCGUCUUUUCCCCGGGGGUGGUCCAGGUGAGCACGGCCCGUGGACACCGCCUCGGUGCAUGCAUGUCUGCAAAAUCCAGAGGGGGGGCGCCCUGGGCUUGGGGGACCGGUUCAGGUGUCGGCACAAAUGCAGACUCAGACCCCAGAGGGCGCCCGGUCACGCCCUGAGCAAGAGUUUCCGGCUGGGGAGGGAGGGCAAGUGGAGUCCCGAGGGUGCUCCCAAGCCAUGUCUAGAUGGUGCUCCAGGCCCUGGAAAGGGCUCCUCUGCUGGGGGGGGAGGAGGGAGUGGGUGGGGGGUGUGUGCCACCGGCAAUAUUCCCACCCAGAAGGCCCCACCUUUUAACUCUCACAAGGGAGCCCCGUGUGCUAAGGAUCCCUGUGGUCUCUGUAACGCAUCCUGCCGUUCCAGUAGCCAGCUAUUUGCUCGGUGUGGUCGCGUUCUCCUCCUCGCCCUGUCCUUUGCAUUAUUUAUUUCUCCAUUUUCCAGAAGACACGCCCCCUUUGCACAAGUCAUGCUCCGGUCGCAUAAGCCAGCCUUGUGUUUUCUGACAGUGCUAAUUGCUUUGGGCAACGGGUGCAAUUUGCAUAACUUAUCCGUGGACACGCACAGAUACAUGCCCGCAUCUGCCGCCUCUAACUCUGAAUGCCCCGGGCAGGCAGUCGUGGCUUGCACCCUCCAUUCACCAUUCACCAGUGAUUUCUGAUGUUCGGAUAAUUUAUGCCACUUGACUGUAGUUUAUACUCACAUCAGCACAGGUAGAAGCCCAGUCCGCAGCAAAGCCCACUUUGCAUAAUUUAUUCCAAUAGUGAGACAAAACUGAGACUGAGCUGCGUAAUUUACACCCACAUUCACAUGCUCAUCUGCCUCUCGUUUGUCCAGUGUCUUAACCGGCCUACUGUCUAGCCUUCGUUUAAAACAGCGGUUCUCAACCUGUGGGUCGAGA